AUUUUUUAGAAGAAACAAAUUUAAUUUUCUACUAUCCUACAAAAUUCUAUUUCUUUCAAAAAUGGAUAAAAUUAUUGCCUAGAAUUUAAAAUGUGAAAAACAUUAAGGUAAAUAUCUUUAGUUUAUCUAGGUGAAUGAUCUUCUUCACUAGUCAAACUCCGAUAAACCUCUUUUCUACUGCUCUUCUUGUUUCAAUCAUGAUAUUUAAUUUAAAGCAAUUAAUUAUCUUAUGAUAGAUUAAAUUAUCUAAGAAGCUGAUAACUCAAUUAUCCCAAAAUGGCCACCAGUCAAUAACUAAGAAAUCAUUUUAAAUCUUAUCGAUCUCACUUAAAAUUAAUCCAAAUAAGAUUAUAUAAUACAAAUCACAGAUUUCUUUGAUUAAUUCAAACAAGAGUUUAUUGCAAAAAUAGACAUCAUGUAAAAAAAAAUGAUCAAUGAAACUCUCAAAUUACCCUUUGAUAAGGAGCAAAUAAUCAAAAAAUAUUAAGAAAUAUCAAACAUUCUUCAAUUCAAGCAACUUCUUAACAAUGAAAAAGCAAACAGUAUGUAGUAGCAUUCUUUUCUAUGCAAAGAAUUCAUCACUUAAAUGGAAUCUUAAAAAGAUAAGAAUACUGAGCUACUGUAAAAUUUAGUGACUUAAGCUAAUUUAUUAUAAACUAAUUUGAAUUUUGACUAUCCUAAUAUCAUAAAAAAAUAAUUAUUUACUUUGAUAGACCACAUUUCUUUCUUUAACCAUGAUAUUGAAAAUACAAUGUAGCACUAAAAUAAUGCUAAUGUAUAGAUGAGUAAUUUUAAUAACUAAAAUAAUAGUGAAUAAUUUAAACUUUCAUCAGAUUUUCUCAUUAAGCUCAUUUCUAAUAAAUCAAAUUUUUGUUCUGAAUAAUUCAUAAAUGAAUUAAAUCAGAAAUUGUAAACCAUAAAUCCAAUUCUUUAGUAAUUUAAAUUUGGCUCCGUUUUUAAAGAAAAUAAAGAACCUAUUGAUUUUUAUAAGAUUAGCAAUUAAUAACUUUAUUAAAUAGAAGAUUAUAUUAAGCACUUGAUAUAUUUAUAAUAAGAUUAGUAAUAUGAAAAUUAAGUAAAGAAUAGUUUAGAAAUCAAAUAAAUAAACUUGAUCAUGAAUUCUAAAAUGAAUUUCUUAAAAACGGAAUUCACUUAGCAGUUCGAAAAUUUCUUAAUUCAUGUUAAACCCUUCUUAAAAUUGGUAAAUUUAGCAGAAUGUUUUUAAGAUUAAAAUAAUUUUGACUUCGUUAGAAAUUUGUAAGAUGAAAAAAUAAAAAAAUUGUUUUCGAUUAAUUUACUUAAUUAAAAUCUAUAAUUAAUUUAAACUCAUUUUAACUCUGGAUAAAUAAAUAGCAAAGUAAAAUAAAAAGAAAAUGGUGAAUAUGAAAUUAAAAUUUUAAAUCACUAAUGUUUAAAUUUCAUUUCAAACAUAAAUUUAGAAAAAGAUUUAAAGUACAUCUUUAGGAUAAAAGUUCAAAAUAUUUAUGAUGAGAAUGAUAUUAUGAUAGGCCUUAUGAGAUUUGCAAAUUAAGAUUAAAAUCAAGGAUAUAAUUAAAAAUUAUCUUGUCAUUUAAGGAAUAUAAAUCAAACUUUUGUUAAAGAUUAAUGUUGGGGGAUUGAUUAACAAUUAAAAGGAAAUGGUGAUUUUAAGAUAAACACUAGAAAUAUAAUAGAAUUAAGAGUUUGUUUGAGGGAUUAGAUAUUAGAAAUCGUAGACUAUCCAAAUUAUAAGUAUAAACUAGCAUUAUCAGAUCAAUAUAAACCAUAGUUGACAUAAUACGAUGAUCUUAGACUCUAUCUUGGUACUUAUUAUAAAGGAACUAAAAUAAUUUUAAAAGAUGCAAAAAUAGUGCAUGACUUUAAAAAUUGAUUUAAAAAUGAAAAUUUAUUAUAAAUACGGAUUUAUUAGUGAGUGAGUAA